CUCUUCCUCCUUACUCAAGAAAACACAAUAUUCAUUUAUUCGUCUCUCUUUUCUCAGAUCCAUCUCAAAGGUUUUUCCCUGAUUCAAGAGAGUGUAGCAAUAAUAGCCAUGGACGGUGGAGCAGAAGGAACUCAGCAGCCUCACCUUAUUCUAGCCCACAAGCUCUUCCUCCUCACGCACCCCGAUGUUCAGGACAUCGAGAAAGUCCAGCUCAAGUCUGACGUCUUGGAUUCCAUCAAAUCCGAUGGGAUGGCUCCAUUGUACGAAACCCUAACGGCGUCUUCUGUACUGGAAUUGGAUCAGAGCUUGUUAGAUUCUAUGCGUGCUUCCAACGAUGAAGAGCUUAAAAAGCUCGACGAGAAGAUUGCAGAUGCAGAAGAGAAUUUGGGAGAGAGUGAAGUCCGUGAAGCUCAUCUUGCUAAGGCUCUUUAUUUCGUCAGGAUUAGUGAUAAGGAGAAAGCUUUGGAGCAACUGAAACUCACCGAAGGAAAAACCGUUGCUGUUGGCCAAAAAAUGGACCUUGUCUUCUAUACCUUGCAGCUUGCCUUUUUCUACAUGGAUUUCGACCUCGUGUCCAAAAGCAUUGACAAGGCCAAAAAGUUGUUUGAAGAGGGUGGUGACUGGGAGAGGAAGAACAGGCUAAAGGUCUAUGAAGGCUUGUACUGCAUGUCCACCAGAAACUUUAAGAAGGCUGCCAGCUUAUUUUUGGAUUCUAUAUCAACCUUCACGACUUAUGAGAUCUUUCCCUACGAGACCUUCAUUUUCUACACCGUGCUGACGAGCAUCAUAACUCUCGAUAGAGUUUCUCUUAAGCAAAAGGUUGUUGACGCACCUGAGAUUUUAACUGUGCUUGGCAAGAUUCCAUUCCUUUCUGAGUUCCUCAACUCCCUGUACGAGUGCCAGUACAAGGCGUUUUUCUCAGCAUUUGCUGGAAUGGCGGAGCAGAUAAAGUUUGACCGUUACUUGAACCCACAUUUCCGGUUCUACAUGAGGGAAGUGAGAACGGUGGUGUACUCUCAGUUCUUGGAAUCUUACAAGAGCGUUACGGUCGAUGCGAUGGCAAAGGCCUUUGGUGUUUCGGUGGAUUUCAUUGAUCAGGAGCUGUCACGCUUCAUUGCAGCUGGGAAGCUUCACUGCAAGAUAGACAAGGUUGCAGGUGUUUUGGAGACUAACCGUCCUGAUGCAAAGAAUGCACUUUACCAAGCAACAAUCAAGCAAGGGGAUUUCUUGCUUAACAGGAUCCAGAAGCUGUCUCGAGUCAUCGAUCUGUGAGCAUGUCAUAUGUUUCUGUUUAGCACUUCAAAAUUGCAAUUUGGAAACUCAGAACGGUAGGAUCUCAAGGUGUGAGAAACCAUAUUUGAGAUCAAUAUCCGCCCCUGCUCUUGUUUCUCUCGACUCUACUUGUCUCAUCUCUUUUGAAUCUAGUUGAUUUGCUUAUCACUGUUGAAUUUCCCAAGAACAAAGAGCAAGUUUAAAAACAUUUGUUUUCGUUUCUGCACAAAGUAAAUUAGCCGGCAAUAAAUAUGCAAAUACGGUAACA